CACCAGUGUUAUAAUCCAUCCAAAGAAAAUUUCGCGCGCGUGCUAGACUACGCCCCGAAUAAAUUUAGAACAAUAAUAAUUAGAUUAUUGUAUAUCUUGCGGUUUAGUUGGAAUAAGGUCACGGUGCCAGGAGAUUACAGUAUUGUAAUUCGGAUAUUAUCGAUUCUUCUUGUAAUCCUCGCCUUUUUUUUUUUUGUUUGUAAAAGUAGGAAUGCUGAACAAACAAAGUGAUGAAUUUAGCUAUAAUUUCACACGGUACUACUAUACACGAUUCGGUAUCUACUGAUAACGGAAAAAUGAUAUCAUUUCUAUAAACGCUUCUAUAUUUACGAGUGAACAAUUAGAAAAGUCAUUUUGUGAUAAACCGCUUUCGCCAGUGUACAGACAUCGCAAAGUUUUCAGCACCGUGAUCAACAUGAGUAGCAAAGGACCUACAAUUUGCGCCUCUUGCAACGCUCCCAUUUCGAACAAAAUUUUGUCAGCACUUGGAAACCAUUAUCAUCCCGAGCACUUCACCUGUCACAAUUGCAAACAGCCGAUAGGAGACGAAAAAUUCCAACAGCACGAUGGAUUCCCUUACUGCGGUGAUUGCUAUACACACAAGUUCGCCAAGAAGUGCCACGCCUGUAAAUUACCGAUCAAAAACAAGAUUAUUAAGGCGUUAGAUGUUACAUGGCAUGAAGAUUGUUUCGCUUGCACAAUUUGUAAGAAGCCAUUGACGGGCACCAGCUUUGCCGAAAAGGAUGGAAAUCCUUUCUGCGAAAAGGAUUACAACGAGCAUUUUGCUGAUAGGUGCAAGGACUGUGGCAAACCCAUAACUGAUCAAGCCAUUAUUGCUUUGGACGCCAAAUGGCAUCAGAAGUGCUUUAAAUGCUUGAAAUGUAAGAAGCCUAUUACUAAAACCACAUUCCAAGUUGAAGAUGGACAUCCACUUUGUGGAGACUGUUAAGAAGCAGAACUAGCUAACUAUUAUGACACACCAGCGCACAUCAACUGUUUUUUUUUAUAGUUUUUCGCAUCAAUGACACCCUUCACAAUUUUAACAACAUCGCUUUUUUAAAUAAUUAUCGGUAUGAUAUAAGAUUCACAUUUUUUGUGGAAAUAGUUAAGAAAUAAGACACUGUACUUACGACACUAAUAAAAGACACAACAUUUGCAUAUAUUAAACAUGUUUAAUUAA